AUGGCGGAUGAAAUGGACGUCGUCCCGCCGUCGCCGCGAGGUACGAAACGGAAAGGCGACGAAAACCUGCCACUGCCAGCACCGCGACGUAUCAGGGCGCUUGCCCAAGACGUCGUAAACAAAAUCGCCGCUGGCGAGAUUAUCGUUGCGCCCGAACAUGCGCUGAAAGAGCUGAUCGAAAAUGCCGUGGAUGCAGGGUCGACAUCGCUGGAGGUUGUCGUCAAAGAUGGCGGGCUAAAGCUGCUGCAGAUUACCGACAACGGACAUGGCAUCGAUAAAGAAGAUCUGGCGAUUCUUUGUGAGCGCUUCACUACCUCGAAAUUGAAGGCUUUCGAGGAUCUCAGCUCCAUUGGAACGUACGGUUUCCGUGGCGAGGCGCUGGCGAGUAUCAGCCACAUCGCACAUCUGAGCGUUACGACGAGAACGAAGGAAUCGAGCUGCGCAUGGAGAGCGCACUAUUCGGACGGUAAGCUGGUCAGUCCAAAGCCUGGACAGAGCGCUGAACCGAAACCUAUCGCCGGAAGAGGAGGCACGCAGAUCACGGUGGAGGAUCUCUUCUACAACGUCCCCUCACGAAGGCGUGCAUUCCGUUCAGCAAGCGAAGAGUACGCUAAGAUCCUCGAUAUGGUCGCGCGCUACGCUGUCCACUGCGCUGGCGUCUCGUUUUCAUGCAAAAAGCAUGGCGCAUCUACCGCCGACAUAUCGGUGCCGACAGCUGCCGGAACCUUGGAUCGCAUCCGACAAAUCCACAAAGCUACCGUUGCUAAUGAGCUGGUUACGCUGAACGCAGAGAACGAACGAUGGGGCUUCAAAUGCGAAGGCUGGAUCAGCAGCGCCAACUAUAGUGCGAAGCGGACUACUCUGUUACUCUUCAUCAACCACCGCUCUGUUGAGUCCUCGAUUAUCAAAAAGGCGGUCGAGCAGACGUACGCUACUUUCUUACCUAAAGGCGGCCGUCCAUUCGUCUAUUUGAGCCUAGACAUUGAGCCUGCGCGAGUCGAUGUGAAUGUGCACCCGACAAAACGAGAGGUCCACUUUCUCAAUGAAGACGAGAUUAUUGCCAUCAUCUGUGACGAGAUCCGCAAUAGCUUGAGCAAAGUAGACACUAGCCGUUCUUUCAUGACGCAGUCGUUGCUGUCUAACCAGCCAAAAGUACCGUUGGCUACCCCUGUGAAGCAGACAACACCCGGGACAUCGACUACUCCAACUCUCACUACUCAGCGGAGUGAUCCAAGACCACCUCCAACCACAGUCACAAAGAAGCGAAACGAGAACAACCUUGUCCGCACCGAUGCAUCGGCACGUAAAAUCACUUCAAUGUUACAAUCGCAUCCGUCAGUAGACGGCGUUAUCAAUGAGGAUGAAGACAUGGAUUACGAGUUCACGGAAAAGGAAGCUUCAAGUUGUCGCCUGACUUCGAUCAAGGAACUACGCGCCCAAGUCCGCGACGCGAUGCACAACGAGCUCACAGACAUCAUAUCCACACAUACUUUUGUUGGUAUCGUAGACGAGCAGAGACGCAUCGCAGCUAUACAAGGAGGCGUCAAGCUCUUCUUGGUCGAUUACGGCAUGCUCUGCAACGAGUACUUUUACCAACUCGGGCUCACCGAUUUCGCGAACUAUGGGUCCAUCCGUUUCAACCCGCCGCUGCCUCUCCAAGAUUUGCUCAAGGUCGCGGCAGAGCAGGAGAAGCGCAAUGCAGGCGAUGCCGCAGAUGAGGUUGACUGGAACGAGGUCGUCGACAGCGUUAGGCAGCAACUCGUCGAUCGACGCUCUCUGAUGGCAGAGUACUUCUCGCUUGAAAUCACCGAGGAGGGCGAAGUGUGCUCUAUUCCCCUGUUGGUUAAGGGCUACACGCCGUCUAUGGCGAAGCUUCCGCAAUUCCUACUUCGUUUGGGUCCGUAUGUGGAUUGGGACUCGGAGAAAGAGUGUUUCCAGUCGUUCCUGCGUGAACUCGCUUCGUUCUACGUGCCCGAGAGCUUACCACUACCGCCUACUAUACCGCAGGAUGAAAGUGGGAAAGGAAAAGAAAAAGUCGUGGAAGAGGAUCCAGAGAUAGCAAUUAGGAGAGAAAAGGUGAGAAAGGCCGUUGAGAAUGUGAUCUUUCCAGCUUGCAAGGCGAGGUUGGUGGCUACGAAGGGGUUGCUGAAGGGUGUGAUGGAGGUGGCGAACUUGAAGGGAUUGUAUCGCGUGUUUGAGCGAUGCUAA